CUAUUAAAUCACCUCAUUCCAUUCCAUUCUGUGAAAUUGUUGCAUUCGCAAAACCAUGGCUACGUCAACUACACCCCUCCUACUUUCAUGCUUCAUGCUACACCUUGCUUCAACCAUUGUCAUUGCUCAUUCAACAGAGAACAACUACUACUACAACAACACUCCCUCAAAGUAUAUUCCUAAGAAACCAUUGCUCAACGUGAUAGACUCUUGCUGGAGGGCCAAGCCAAAUUGGAGCUCAAAUCGCCAAGCUUUGGCUGAUUGUGCAGUUGGCUUUGGCAAAGACGCCACAGGAGGCAAAUACGGUGCAAUAUACCGUGUCUCCGAUCCCUCCGAUGACCCUGCAAACCCAAAACCAGGCACACUCCGUUAUGGUGCAAUCCAAAAUGAGCCACUCUGGAUCAUCUUUGACAAAAACAUGGUCAUUACACUAAAAAACGAGCUUAUUAUGAGUAGCAACAAGACCAUCGAUGGAAGAGGAGCGAGAGUGGAGAUUGCUGAUGGACCCUGCAUUACAAUAUCAAAUGUUAGCCAUGUUAUCAUACAUGGCAUUAGCAUCCAUGAUUGCGAACCGGCCAAGCCUGGCAUUAGCACUCCGAACCAUGUUGGCCAUCGUUUAGGCUCAGAUGGAGAUGCCAUCAGCAUAAUUGAUUCCACCAAUGUUUGGAUUGAUCACUGUUUUCUGGCUCGUUCCACCGAUGGCUUAAUCGAUGUUAUUCGUGCCUCAACCGCCAUUACCAUCUCCAACAAUUACUUUACUCAGCACGACAAAGUUAUGUUGCUAGGACACAGUGACCAAUUCACAAAGGAUAAAAUAAUGAAAGUGACAAUAGCCUUCAACCAGUUUGCUAGUGGCCUAACUGAGAGGAUGCCAAGGGUGAGAUUUGGUUAUGCUCAUGUGGUGAACAACAAAUAUGAUGAGUGGCAAAUGUAUGCUAUUGGCGGCAGUGCUAACCCAACCAUUUUAAGUGAAGGGAAUUUUUAUGUAGCACCGAAUGACCCAAAUGCAAAACAGGUUACCAAGAGGGAAGUGAAGGAGAACUGGAAAAGUUGGAAAUGGAGGUCUUCCAAGGACUUGUUUUUCAAUGAUGCUUAUUUUGUACCCUCUGGAUUUGGAAGCUGUGCUCCAAAUUACUCACCAACUCAAUCUUUUGUUGCUGCUCCAGCAUACAUGGUGCCUGCAAUAACUCUCAAUGCAGGCCCCAUGUAUUGUACUGUUGGGAGAGCAUGUUAG